AAAAUAUAAUUCAAAAAGUAAAUUUUCCAAACACUUUGAAUAAAAUUUGAGAAAUGUCUUUGACAUUCUUUUUGUGUAUAAUUAUCGUUGAUAUAAUUUCAAAUGUUAUCUGUGCUCCUAUUAUAAUUAAUGACAAUUCAGAAAAUGAAUCUUUUGAGGAUUUGAGAGACAAUUCAAAUGAAGAUAUUUCAGAGACAGAAGUUCCGAGUAGAAUUUUAUUCAAGAGACAAUUUUUCCAGGAUAUAUUCUCUGAUCAUUUGGCACCUUUAUUGUUUCAAUUUGGUCAUGUUUGUGAAAAUCCAACUGAAUGGGAGCAGAGAUUUGAGCAAAAGGAUUUUGAAAAUAAUCGCCAUCAAGGAAAAGUAUUAUGGGGAAAUGCAAACGGAAAUUAUGGAGAACAUUAUUGGGAUUUGGCCUCUGGCAAAUGAUAUACGUAAAAUAUUU